CGCGUAUUUUGUCAACAGACGGAUUCCAAGGUGAACGGCACCGCUUUGUCCUCCCCUUCCACCUCGUCUCAACGCUCCGACUGCUCGCUGCCUCAGCUGCGGAUGGCCGCCAGCCAGACCACUGACACGAUGGGCGAUGACGAGUUUUCCACUCCUUCCCAAGACACAAGUGGACUGGAGGAAGUGAUGGAACAGCUCAACAACUCGUUUCCUCACAGCCAAGGUCCGAGCAUCGGAAGUCUGUUCCACAUGGCCGACGAUCUGGGCCGCGCUAUGGAGUCCCUGGUCAACGUCAUGACGGAGGAGCCGAGCGCCAUCAAGGCGCCGCCCUUCUGACACUGCGCACACCACCUCUUCCUAUUUCUUAGUCAGUACAGCUGAAUUGGAGACAGACUUUACAAACACAAUAUAAAUCGUCUAUUUUUGUGAAGGAUUGCAGUUCCAGCAAUGAUGAGUUAAAAUCAAAUAAAAUAACUUGUACAUUUAGUAGUUUCUUAAAUGUCCCGAAGUUGUUUUAUUGAAGGGGGGAGGGGGGGCUGGUUUUUAAACUUCUAUGCAAUUGUAUUAAAAAAAAAAAAAAAAAAAAAAAACACACACACAACAUGAUUUUGGGGCGGGGCGGGCAACAAAGUAAAAUACAAAUAAGUGUUUAGUGUGGUAAUAUGUUUGCAUCUUUGUAACUGGAAAAUAAGCAUUUCAGACAUUUUUAUU